AUGUUCUUGUCAUGUCAGAACCCACGGGACGGCGGUAUUGAUACAUACCGUGUGACCGGUGUAUGUACAGGGCACACCACCAUCCAGAACGGGACGCUAGGGUUAUCUCAAUACGGACAGGGGACCAGCACCGACAUUACCCCGAACUCUAACGCGUACCGUACCGUACCGUACCGUGGUCUGCUGCCAGGCACCGGCUGCAGUGGGCCGCAUAUCAAGCAGUAUCAAGCAGCUUCAGACAAUUCUCUCCGCAGGGAGCACAAGAGAUGGGGAUGCCAUUGGGGAGGGAAACCAGCAGGUACAGAGUAA